UGUCCGCCACAAACCAAAUUCCUGCGUCCGUGACUGACGAGGGGCAAGGCCGCAUGCUAGACUUGGUGUCUCCCCCACCAACUUUACAAGGCGACCGCACGCCAAACUCAGUCCAUCGUAUUCCAGAACAUAGUCAUUCUCCGAAGCCAUAUAACACCAGCAAUAGCAAAGUGCUUGCGUCAACAAAUACAGAUGUUUUGAUUGUUGACUGGGACGGCCCAGAUGACCCUCAAAAUCCCAAAAAUUGGAGCUUUAAACGCAAAUGGGCCGCGACGAUAAUUAUAUCAUCGUUCGCUUUCAUUAGUCCAGUUUCUUCCUCGAUGAUCGCGCCCGCUACUAACAAAAUGGCUUCUGACUUCGGGAUUAACGACGAAGUUAUAGUUGCACUCGCAACAUCUAUCUUUGUGCUUGCAUUUGCCAUGGGACCUCUGUUUCUGGGUCCGUUGAGCGAGAUUUACGGACGGUCACGCGUCUUGCAAUUGGCAAAUCUAUGGUAUCUCAUUUGGAAUCUUGUCUGUGGAUUCGCACAGUCAGAAUCACAGCUUCUUGCCUUCCGAUUUCUUGCUGGCCUAGGAGGAAGCGCACCCAUUCCGAUUGCUGGCGGCUUUCUUGGGGAUUGCUGGCGACCAGAUGAACGAGGAAAAGCUGUCGCCAUUGCCUCCUUAGCUCCGUUAUUGGGCCCCGUUGUGGGCCCCAUCACAGGCGCCUGGAUCGCUGAACGCUCGACCUGGAGAUGGGUGUUUUGGUCUACGUCCAUUGUGGAUGCAGCUGUUCAAAUCAUCGGAGUAUUUUUACUUCAAGAGACUUACGCACCCCUGUUAUUGGAAAGAAAGGCAGAACAGAUUCGCAGAUCGAUGGAUGCCGAAAAAGUGCCGUACCGAGAAAUACGUACCGUUUUCGAAGGUCAAGAUCGCUCUUGGCAAACCAUCAUGGCUAAAUCACUCAGUCGCCCAUUUGCACUCUUUGCUCAUGAACCGAUCGUGCAGCUCCUCGGUGUUUAUAUGGCGUAUCUAUAUGGGUUACUGUAUCUAUUUUUGACCACGAUACCAUCGAUAUUUCGGGGCGUAUACCAGCAGCCGGUAGGAAUCGCUGGCCUUCACUACAUUGCACUUGGCAUAGGGUUGACAGGGGCGUCCCAAUUAAAUGCAAAAACAAUGGACAAGAUUUACGUUCAUUUGAAAAGUAAGAACGGCGGAGUUGCGAAGCCAGAGUUCAGAUUGCCUGCAAUGGUUCCCGGAUCUGUGCUACUUCCAAUAGGGUGUUUGAUCGUAGGCUGGACUUCUGAAGCCCAUACUCAUUGGAUAGCUUCGGAUAUUGGAAUCGCACUUGUGGGAGCAGGCAUUAUUCUGAAUUUCCAGUGUAUCCAGACCUACAUCGUUGAUUGCUUUACGCUUCAUGCCGCUUCCGCGCUGGCCGCUGUCUCCUGUUUGCGGUCACUAGCAGGCUUUGGAUUUCCCUUGUUCGCUCCAGCAUUAUACACCACAUUCGGAUUCGGGAAGGGUAAUACUAUUCUAGCAAUCGUAGCAAUCGUUAUAGGCUGUCCUGCACCCUGGAUAUUUUGGUAUUACGGAGAGAGGAUACGGAAUAGCAGUCGACAUGCGCGGCGAUGACCCUAGACGAAUUGAGGAGCGACCGAAAUGGGGCAUGGAUCACGACAGUUCACGAUUUUUUCUCUCUCUAUUUCUACAGUAAUGAAUAGGAAAAUAGUCGAUAUGCAUAGUACAUAUGAUAUGGAGAGAGUAUUUAGCAGAUCCCAGCAUGUUUGGAACAUAGAACAAACGCCAAUCUGUCAUCCCUUUUUUUGUUGAUCAGUCCUCUGUAUCGC